AUGGCAAAGGGAUAUUCGUUAGCAACUGAUUUGAGAUUGUUAAUAAACAACCCAAACUAUAGUGAUAUCACUAUUGUAUGCGAAGAUGGAAGCUUUUACGCGUGUAAGGCAAUUUUGGCGGCAAGAUGUGAAGUGUUUAAUGGUUUUAUUUAUAAUGGGAUGAAAGAAACUUAUGAAAAUCAGAUACGUUUUCCUGAGAUAAAAUCAAUUGCCAUGAAAAUUAUACUCAAUUAUAUAUAUACCGGAUUUUGUACAGCUGAAGAAUUGAAAAAUGAUACUAUUAUCGAUAUUUACCAUGCAGCAGAUUAUUUCCAAUUAAAGAAUCUUUCGGAUUAUAUUAUUAGAGUAAUUGGAUUUUUUUUGAAACCAUCGGCAGAAUCAAAUGUUCCAGAAUUAUUAUCAAGGGCUCUUGUCAAAUUGUCACCAUCGGAAGAAAAUUCUCUUCUUCAAAUAUUGGCCGAAUAUGUAUCAUCAAUGCCCUUGAACACUAUUGAAUAUAAUCAACUAUCCUUCCCUGCUUUAAAAUUUCUUUUAUCAUAUGUAAGAGGGAAAGGAAAAUCCUUGCCAGCGACGGAAUAUGAAGUAUUUCGAUUUGUGAUCAUCCAUGUAGCACACCAAAUUUCAAAGGAUGCAGUAGAAAUGCUUGAAAAUUAUUUACCUACUAUGGAUAAAAUAGAUCAAAUACAAGAUUCGAAUAUCAUCGUACAAAAUACAGAAUUUCACCUUUUUCGUCCACAAUUAACUGAAAUCUUAACUCCUCUACUUGAAUUUAUUGAUAUUAGACGUAUAGAUGGAAAAAUUUUGACAGAUGUUCUAGAACCAUUGGAUAUUAUUACUCCUGAAAAGAUAGUUGACGCCUAUAGAUUUUACGCUAGAAAUCAUCUUAGUUUACCUUCUUCAUUUACAACUGAAACUCCCGUUUCCUUUAAACAAAAUAAUUUGUCUCCUGUUACCGCCAAUCAAAAUAAUUUUUUUCCCACUUCUGAAACUUUAACUCCGGAUAACUUGCGCUCCCCUAUUGUUAAUUCUCCACCUUUAAUUAGUAAAUUAAACUUUAUUUGGGAUGAGUCAGCAUGUGGAUCAGACCUUGUAAUUGAAAAGACUGGAUCUACUGUGAGAGCAUUGAGUAGUUGUAAAUCAACAGAAAAUGUUAAAGGAAAAAUUUUAAUUAAUGAUAAAGGUAUAUAUGAGUGGAAUCUAAUCGUUGAUAAAGGAUGCAAAAAAAUGUAUAUUGGUAUUUGUGCGGGUAAAAGUUUUGAUGUAGAAAGUUUUGCAGGUUAUCAAAGGAAUGGAUGGGUUUUCGCUUCAAGUGGGCUUUAUUGGAACGAUAGUAAAUUCAAGCGUGGUGAAGCGACUUAUGCGGAGGGUGAUAAGAUAACCGUUCAUUUGAAUAUGAAUGAAAAAACUUUAGCGUUCUCAAUCAAUGAUAAAAGGUAUCCAGAAAUUUCCACGUGGAGGAAACUUCCAUCAAAAAUUUACCCUGUCGUAUCAUUAUCAUAUCCAGGACAAAUUCGAAUUCAACCUCAUUAG